UCAUUCAUUCAUAUCUCAUAAUUCAUUCGUUGGUGAUUUGAUCUUUGAUCAUUGAUGUUCGACGUUCGUGAAUCGUGACCAGUGCAAGAAGUAAGAACAGAGAACUGUGACCAGUCAGCAGUGAGCAGUGGUCUGGAGUUAUCUAACAAAUUUAAAAUUUAGAGUAGAUAUAUUAUCUGAUACAGUUGCGGCAGAAAAGAUCGAUGCUGCCUAUAUUUACGUAAUUUGUUAACCCGUAAUAAAUUUAUAAAAAUUAUAUUAGUGUCCGAAACCAUGGCUCACUGUAUGAGAGUUUUGCAUGGCCAGGGUAGCAGGACAAAAGUGGUGCUGUUGGAAAUCCAGCAAAGAUGUUUCAGCGUCUCACCGUUGACUGCGGCGGCCGCACAGGUGGCAAUGUCGAAGUUCGACAAAGCUCCACUGCCUUAUGAAAGGUUAACACGGAAUUUAGAAGUGGUGAAGAAGAGGUUAGGUCGGGAGAUGACCUUGUCCGAGAAAGUACUAUAUUCUCAUCUGGAUGAUCCGAAAGGGCAGGAAAUUGAAAGAGGCACAAGCUACUUGCGGCUGAGACCUGAUCGUGUUGCCAUGCAGGAUGCCACUGCUCAGAUGGCCAUGCUGCAGUUUAUUUCUUCAGGACUGCCCCGAGUGGCGGUGCCGUCCACCAUCCAUUGUGACCAUUUGAUUGAGGCUCAGCUUGGCGGAGACAAAGAUCUUGCCAGAGCCAAGGACCUAAACAAAGAAGUAUACAAAUUUCUAGAAACAGCUGGAGCCAAAUAUGGUGUUGGAUUCUGGAAGCCAGGCUCUGGUAUUAUCCAUCAGAUCAUUCUGGAGAACUAUGCUUUCCCCGGCCUGCUCAUGAUUGGUACCGACUCACACACUCCAAACGGCGGGGGCUUGGGAGGAUUGUGUAUUGGAGUGGGUGGCGCUGAUGCUGUGGACGUGAUGGCGGACAUCCCUUGGGAGCUCAAGUGUCCCAAGGUCAUUGGAGUUAAACUUACUGGUAAACUGUCGGGAUGGACGAGCCCCAAGGACGUGAUCCUGAAGGUGGCGGGCAUUCUGACCGUGAAGGGCGGCACCGGCGCCAUAGUGGAGUACCACGGGCCCGGCGUGGACUCCAUCUCGUGCACCGGCAUGGCCACCAUCUGCAACAUGGGCGCCGAGAUCGGAGCCACCACCAGCGUAUUCCCGUUCAACAGCCGCAUGGAGGCCUACCUCAAGUCCACCGGGCGCGGAGACAUUGCCAGCGCCGCCGCCGCCAACCGGCACCUGCUCACGCCGGACGACCGCGCGCCCUACGACCAGCUGAUCGAGAUCAACCUAUCGACACUGGAACCCCACGUGAACGGUCCCUUCACUCCCGACCUGGCCAACCCCAUCUCCAAACUGGGAGACGAGGCCAACAAGAACAAAUGGCCCAUGAACAUCAGCGUUGGGCUCAUCGGCUCCUGCACCAACUCCUCGUACGAAGACAUGGGACGCUGCGCUAGCAUCGUGAAGGAGGCGCUCCAGCACGGCGUGAAGAGCAAGAUCCCGUUCAACGUGACGCCGGGCUCGGAGCAGGUCCGCGCCACCAUUGAGCGAGACGGCAUCGCGCAGACGCUGAGGGACUUCGGAGGAACGGUUUUGGCAAACGCUUGUGGGCCUUGCAUCGGGCAGUGGGACCGGCAGGAUGUGAAGAAGGGAGAGAAGAACACAAUAGUGACGUCAUACAACCGUAACUUCACCGGACGGAACGACGCCAACGCCGCCACGCACUGCUUCGUCACCAGCCCCGAGCUGGUCACCGCGCUGUCGCUCGCGGGUCGGCUGGACUUCAACCCCUUGAAAGACGAGUUGACGGGCGCCGACGGCGGCAAGUUUCGGCUGUCGGACCCGUUCGCUGACGAGCUGCCCGCGCGUGGCUUCGAUCCCGGUCAAGACACCUACGAGCACCCGCCCGCCGACGGCUCGCAGGUGCGAGUGGACGUGUCGCCCACCUCAGACCGGCUGCAGCUCCUGGAGCCGUUCGACAAGUGGGACGGCAAGGACCUCACGGACCUGACCAUCCUCAUCAAGGUGAAGGGCAAGUGCACCACCGACCACAUCUCCGCCGCCGGGCCCUGGCUCAAGUACCGCGGCCACCUCGACAACAUCUCCAACAAUAUGUUUAUCACCGCAACCAACGCCGAGAACGGCGAGCUGAACAAGGUCCGCAACCAGCAGACGGGUGAGUGGGGCCCGGUGCCGGCCACGGCUCGCGCGUACAAGGCGAGCGGCGUGCGCUGGUGUGUGGUGGGCGACGAGAACUACGGCGAGGGCUCCAGCCGCGAACACGCCGCGCUCGAGCCGCGCCACCUGGGCGGCCGAGCCAUCAUCGUCAAGUCCUUCGCCAGAAUCCACGAAACGAAUCUGAAGAAGCAAGGCAUGCUGCCGCUCACGUUCGCCAACCCGGCUGACUACGACAAGAUCCAGCCCUCCGACAAGAUCUCGCUGCUGGGGCUCAGGGACCUGGCGCCAGGCAAGCCGGUGCAGUGUGAGAUCAAACACAAGGACGGCAGCUCCGAGCGCGUCCUCCUGAACCACUCGCUAAACGAGCAGCAGAUCAAGUGGUUCCAGGCCGGGUCCGCGCUCAAUAGGAUGAAGGAACUGGCGCGCUCCACGUAGAAGUACCUACCGCUGAUGAGCCUUACUGUUUACUAUUUGAAAUUAGCAUUAGAUCAAUACCGGUUGGUGUAGUUACAACAAUCAUUGUUGUAGUGUAGCUGCAGUACAAGUUACUUAUAGGUGGAAUAUUUAGCGAGUAAGUUUAAACAAUUGUUUUCAUUAAAUAUUAUUGUUUUAAAUCAUUAUUUAAACGAACUUAUUUAUGUAAAUAAUCUAUACUUAAUAUUAUAUAAUAAACUUUUAAUUAUUC